AUGGCUCCAACAUCACAGCCUCUGCGAGGUAAAAGGAGAUGCAAAAAAAUAUUUUGGGCAGUGUUUCCUCAUGCCUGCUUUAUCCUGUCUCUUGUGAUCUAUGCUUUUCUUGGGGCUCUCACGUUCUCCCAUAUUGAAGGUAACCGGAAAGUCAAUAUAAGUGAAGGAUAUAGGAAAUUUCUGCAGAGUCUUUGGUACAUCUCCAAAAAUUUAUCAGAUAACAUGACAGAAAAUGAGGAGGUAUUUAAGGAAAAAAUCCGUAUGCUGCUCAGCACAACCGAACGAGACUGGUUUGUCAAUCCAAAAGACAUAUGGACUUUCUUUGGGUCUCUCUUUUUUUGCUGCACCGUGUUCACAACUGUGGGCUAUGGUAAUACCUAUCCCAUGACACGGACUGGGAAAUAUCUCUGUAUGUUGUAUGCUUUAUUUGGCAUCCCUCUGAUGUUCUUGGUCAUGACAGACAUGGGAGACAUCCUUGCAACCGUCUUAUCCAAGUGUUACAAUGAAUGCAGAAAACUACAGUCAAAAAUUCUAGCCUCUAAACUCUGUUCUGUAUCUACACGUAAAAAAGAGAGUGAAACAAAAUCCAGAGCAUCAGUGCUGAUGAAGUCUAAAGUAGUCAUAAAUGAACCCUUGAGUACUGUGGAAGUGCUGAAAAGUCAGUCAGCUGUUAAAAGGAAGUCAAUCCAAUAUCACAACGCUGAAAUUUUUGAAAUGUUAAUUGCCAGAGAAAAUGAAUACACAAAAACAUCAAGAACUAAAAGCAUUGAGAGAUGGAGUUCAUGUCCUGAACUAGAGAGGGGAAAGACAAUGAUGAGUGUAAUUGAGAAUUUUGACAAAAUAGGAAAAGAGUUAGAAAAAUUAGAUGUGCCCAUUGUAUUAAUGGUAGUAAUUAUCUUUGUGUACAUCUCCUGUGCAGCUGCUAUUCUUCCAAAGUGGGAAACCACGCUGGAUUUUCAGGAAGCCUUCUACUUCUGCUUUAUCACCUUGACAACUAUUGGGUUUGGAGAUACACAACUGCAACAUCCCAAGUUUUUCUUGUUUCUUUCCCUCUAUAUCAUUAUUGGCAUGGAAAUUGUUUUCAUUGCUUUUAAGCUUGGCCAAGACCGCUUAAUUGUUCUUUAUAAAAAGGUGAUUUCAUUCUGUGGAGAGAAAAAGAUUACACCAAAGAAGAUAUAUCCAAAAUAA